UUCGUUUCCUUCAUGUCCGCGCCAGGGCUACCGACGCAAAGCGACGACGCAGUUUAUGAGAAGAAGAUCCGUCGGCGCAAUUACUGCAAGAACAUGAAGAGGAUCUACCGCGAGGAGGCAAAGCAGGAACGUGCGUACUUGCUCAGCAAACUCGCCGAACUCGAGCGAGUGCUUGUGUCCCGACGCCGAUGUGUCAGGUGCAACUCAGAGGAGCGAUCCAUGCUUGCAUGGAGAGAUGUAGCCCUUUGUCUGCGCGAUGAACACGUCUCUUCCAAGACGAAGAACCACAAACUCAGAGCUCAACUCGCAGCUUUAAACAAGGUCAUGUUUGAGAUGCAGUCAUGGGUCGUCACAAACGCGGCACUCCAAUUCACCGAGGAUGGAUUCGCGCCAACGUGGCAGGAUCACACCUUGCUCUCAAAUCCGAAGUCGCGCGAUCUGGGAAAAGCAUGGAUCACCCAGCAAAUGUACCACCAAGUUGACCGCAUCUUCCAUCGCCACGGCUUUCCUUCUCCCGACAACGCCACGACUCCGUUCUUCAACCUCUCAGUUGGGUUCCCCGACCACCGUAACUCAGUCUCACACCAGUUCAUAUACCCCCUGCCGUUAAACCUUCUCUCGACCAUCUACCAACGCCAUUUCUGCGAAGUCGCCAUGAUGGACACCUCCUUCGAGGACGCUCGAGUGGGACGACUUCAUGGGUCGUUGAACUCGAUUCGAGAGACCACUGACACAACCCUCCUUCAUCAAGCAACGAGGCCCAUCGCGAAUUCCCACGGGGACUUGGCCAACAUCUUGGUAUGCGUGGUCCACGAGCCUGGGCGGACGCUUAUUAUGAGCAGACAUAUCACCGACGACGAAACGAUAGCGGUGCAUCCUGAGAAUCUGCAAAGGCACUGGUCGAGUUGGUUGGACCUUCGGGCACAAACGCCGACGACUACCAGCGCCAGAUACGUCAUGUCGUUUUCAAGAGCGUGGAGAGGCCGUCAUCGAACGAUACUCGUACCGCUGGCUGAAGAAGGCGUCAUGGUCUGGGGAAUGGCGAAAGAUGCACAUCAAGUGCGAAACACAAUUGUGCAUGAUGCCAUGGUGCUGCGGAAUGUCACAGACUCCAUGUACGAGAUGACUGCACUGUCGGCAUAUCGCUUCAGAUCCAUCGUCGAGCGGUACCAGCGCGACGAGCCCACCACCGAGAUCCGUCGAAACCCCGUAACCAGCUAUUGAAUGAUCGUGCGUAGAGAUGUCCUCGAGUCCUGGACUAACUACCUUAGCUCUUCGCAUUCGAGACGAGUCCGCUGCUCGCCUCGUCAGCUCGGCGCUUCGACGGCCAUCCGCUUAUCGUUGAAGGACAAGGUGGCUGGUUUGCUCCUAUUGACUCGAGCAAACAACGUCCUGUAGAAGUCCUGUGAUCGAACGCGAUGACAAUGCAGCGCAGCAGCGCAAGUUCCAACGGAUCACGAUCACCUACUGCAGAACGAUGACAUAGAUGAUUCGCGAGGCGGCUAGACAUGAGUGCAAUCUCCUUCUCAGCAAGCACGCGGAGCUCGAGCUCGUCCUCGCGUCUCGCAGGCCACAGAGCGAGGGAACGAUGCCGGAUUUGAAUUCGAUGUUGCAUUCGCUCUGCGCGACGUGCAAGUGUUCUCCAGCGCCUGCAACACUGCCCUCAAAGUCCAGCUCGCUGUCCUGACAAAGUGAACAAGAUGACAGCUUUGGUGAUAGCGCCUCCCAUGCCCUCUCGCAGCGUCAUCAAGCUGUUCUCCUAGCGGCGUGCAGUUGGCAGAGCAAUGCCGAACUACCCGUUUCUCUCGAAUCCUUGAGUCGAGGAAUUGGGGGAAAGCCUGGAUCAUGCCAACCUUCACGUAGACCAGACGUUCCAGCACCGCGGCAUCGCUGCUCGACUCGACGCCUUGAGCUUUCGAAUUCGAUCCCACCUGCCCUGCACCAACUGACGUUUCCCCAGUCCUUCGACGUCCUCUCGACCAGCGCUACAUGCUCAACGUCACCAUCGACGUCCAAGCUGGUCGUGUCUUCAAACCGUUCCGUUCGAGAAGCCUGCAUGUUACAUUACGCGUUCCAACCACUUGCGCCGACGCAAGAAGCACCGACUUGGUGGUCGCCAAUACGUUCGUGGGGUCCUUCUGGCGCAACAUGCAUCGCCAAAAACGUUGAAUGUCUUCAUCUCCAACGUCGUCGUGCACCCCAAUGAUCCAUCCAUCUCUUGGCCGAGCAUGCAGCACCAAGCGUUGGGUUUGGGGAGCCGUUGGAGAUCAGACACGGCGUCAUGUGCCCGUUUGAGAUGUGAUGGAUGGGCGAAACAUCCUCGACGACUUUGAUCUGGAGGGGCUUUCGAGCAAGUGGGCGGUCGAGGCAACUGAAGCAAUUGGCUCGUUGCAGGGACGGAUAGAGGGUGGUCGAAGGGAGAAGCAGAUGCAAAUACCACGACCUUCUUUG